AUGGACGUCCCGGUGGCCGCCGAUCGCGCCGCCGGGCAGCUCGGGCUCCGUGUGGUGCGCGACGGUGGGCGGGGCGUCGUCGCGAGGAGCGACAAUGACGAGUCCAUCAUCGUGGGCACCAUGAACGACGUCUCGCUCCGAAAGCGCCCACGGCCGCGCGCGCAGUCACCGCUGGAGGCGCACUACUACCGCCGCGACGACAUGGCGGGCGCGCGCACGGCGUGGAGCUCGGCACGCUCCCGGACGCGCGCCAAGGCGGUGUUCAACUUCACCGACCCGGCCUACAUCCCGUGA